GUUACCUUUAGAACAGCGGGCGUACACUGCCUACUCUGUUUGGAAUCAGACACACGAUAGGAUACAAUGGGAGAUGGUGAAAUGAGGAUAGCCGGUCAGGGAUCACCUCAGUAUGCGUCCUCCUCAGCUUCAGAUUAGCUCACAUAAUAAGACUGCCUCCUUUACACCGACUUGAAAGUAUAUGAAUUUGGAUUGGCUUGAAAGCCAGGGUGGCCUUCACUGGUUUUCAUAAGUAGCAGGAUGAGAAGAAAGUCCAGUACUGUUGCCUGAGCAUAGAAUCGUGGUGAAGCGUACAGAAUGAUUUCACUGAUUUUUGUCUUUGCCUUGUUUUCAGUCGUUGCUGCUGAUGUUAAAUGUGAGAAAAAACUUGGGAAGUGCUAUGACUAUCGGCAAAAAAGAUGCUGGUCUGAGAUGGUUUCUGGGUUGUGCGGACGUGAUAAAAAUAGAAAAUGCUGCAUGCCUUGCUCUAAUUCGUGUAAAAUGAAUGAGCACCUGUGGAUUCUCUUCUACGAUCGAGCUUGUUUAAACCACAGAGGGAUAUGUCAGUAUAGCAGCAAUUAUUGUUCUGGCACAUACUCUAGCUAUAGAUGUGGGGGACCUAAAACACGCCACUGCUGUUUGCUGCCUAGACCAUCUGGGAAAUAAUGACUCCCUAAAGACAUACACCUGGCAGAGGAAGAGCCAAGAAUAUAAACUUAGCUCUCAGCCUCUGGAUACCACCAAUAGGUCACAUUCCCUCCCUUCCCCAAAAUAACUACAGUUUGCCUUAUUCAUGCUUCAGCAUUCUCCAUUUCUUGAAUUUCCUGUAAUUUGGUUUAACCACAUUAAUAGAAGGUUUCCUAUUUUUACAUUAAGCCAUGCUCCAGACUGUAACCCUGUGACUUUUCCAGGUGUUAACUCUGAAGAUGUACCAUAUCUAGGAUGCAUAAUGAAAUAGACUUAUGUAACUGAGCAAGAAGUGUCCCAUUUACUGGUGAGACAAGGAAGAACCUUUCAUGGAACACUCUAAUAAGGUUCUAUUUGCCCAAAACUUUUCCAAAAUAAGGUUGAUUACUCAGUGGUCACCUUCUGAAGUACAGAAUUGUCCAACUAGCUGAUUUCCUUCCCAAACCUAAGGUGUGUGUGUCUCCGCAGGCCAGCCCAAUCUGUAGCUUUACAGAUUGCUUGGGACUCUCUUCCCACCUUCCACCCAAUUAUCUUUCUGAAAUCAGGAAUUUAGCUACAGACUGCUGAGGAAUGCAGAAAUAGAUAUCACAAUUUGUCCUUGAAUUCUCCCCUUUUUUAUUUUUAAACCCACUGUUCAGUUGUUAAAAAUACCCCAGACAAGUUAAUUGCAUUGCAUUCUCCUAAACCACAUAAUUACUUUUGCCGAAGGGUUUGGCAUUUCCACAAUAUUUAUUAUCUGCCCUGCCGGGAUGCCCCCAAGAGAAGGCUCUGUUCCGGUUGGUAUUUGGCUUUACAGAUUAAGUUCUGAACCAAGAUAACAGGUUCCUAUUAAAUUUCCCUGAUGAGGUCUGAUUGGCUAGGAACUAAGACACAACCUCUUUUGGAAUGCAUAAAUAGAAAGCAAAAUAUUUUAGACCCUUCACUUGAAACCACAACUCUGGUGACACAGACAAAGAUGCUCAUAGUCAGAACAAUCAUUGUUGCUACCUUGAUUUCAUCUGUUGCUGCAGGACCAUGGGGACAGAUAUGUGCUGGGAAUCCUAGGAACAAAGCAAGGGGCUGUGAUGGAUAUGGCUGUGGAUAUUAUACAGCUCCAAGAAAGGACGGUAGAAGAAAGCACCUAGGGGUGGAUGUUAUAUGCAGAGAUGGCUCGACAGUGUAUGCUCCUUUCAGUGGCGUGAUUGAGAGACGAAUUAACCCCCAUGGAGGGAGAAAUUUCAUUAAUAACGGUGUCAAACUUCGUGGAUCAGGUUUCUGCGUCCAUAUGUUCUAUAUCAGGCCUGUUACUUACAGAGGUCGGAUCAAAAAGGGACAAAAAAUUGGAGACAUGCUGCCAAUGCAAAGAGUAUAUCCUGGUAUAACAUCUCAUGUUCAUGUCCAGAACUGUAACCACUUUAAUGUCACUCGCUACUUAUAAACAGAAAUGUAUAUUAAAUGGAAAUGUACAAAAUCCCAAAUAAAAUAAUCUGA